GCAGAGGCUGACAUGGAGCUGGGGAAGCAUCUGGCUGGCCUCAUUUUGGCUGUCACUCUUCUUCAAGGUGCUACAGCCCAGAAGGAACAAGGAUUUCCCGUGAUAAAAGUAGAUGGCAAUCGAGAAGAUGGUUCGGUACUUCUGAUUUGUGACUCACGAAACACAGAUAUCAAAUGGUUUGAAGACGGGAAGGAAAGAACUUUACCAAAGAAAGAUAAAAAGACGUUGGAUCUGGGAAGUAGUAUGAAGGACCCUCAAGGGAUAUAUCAGUGUCAAGUAGCAAAGAACAUUUCAAAGCCACUCCAAGUAUAUUACAGAAUGUGUCAGAACUGCAUUGAGCUGAAUGCAGGCACUAUAACCGGCUUUGUCUUCGCUGAAAUCAUCAGCAUUUUCUUCCUUGCUGUUGGGGUUUACUUCAUUGCUGGACAGGAUGGAGUUCGCCAGUCAAGAGCCUCAGACAAGCAGACUCUGUUGUCCAAUGACCAGCUUUACCAGCCCCUCAGGGAUCGAGAAAAUGACCAAUAUGGCCACCUUCAAGGAAAGCGACUGAGGAAAAAUUGAACUCAGGACUCAAAUUCUCAGAAACAUGGCAGUACGUUUUGGAGCACUCCUAGCAGAGAGAUUCUCAGCCCUAAAUGUAGAAUCAAGUUUUCCAAAGGUGACAAAUGGAGAAGAAAGCCCAUCAGAGCAAAUUUGGAUUUUUCUCGAAAUAAAAUAAACAAAAAGUAAAAAUAUGUAUGGUGUUGCAGGAGCGCCACCUAUUGGAAGGUAAUUUUCUGUAAAAAAAAUUGAAAAGGUCGAUAACCCCUCUAUUUGAAUAUUAUUUUUUAAAGUUCUAAUUUUUAUUUACUUUUUGUAUAGGUCAUAAUUUACAUGGUUUAAAUAUGCAAUAAAAGGUCUCCCUUCACCUCCAUCCCCAGCCAUUCAGUUGCCGUCUCCAGAGACAAACAAUAUACUAGUUUCUUUAUAAGAUAUAUAAGGUAUUAUAAAUCAGAGGUAUUCUAGGCAUACAUAAGCAAACUCUUAGGUACACAUUAUUCUUCCUUUCCCUAUUUUUCACACAAAUAGUAUCAUAACAUACAUCUUGCACUUUUCACCUAAUAAAAUAUUAAGAUUAUUUCAUACCAGUAAGUAAAAGGAGCACCUUUCUUUUUUUUUAACCCAGCCACAUUGUGGACUUGCUAUGAUUUAUUUAAUCAGUCCUCUAUUGAUGGACAAAAUAUUGCUGCCAAUAUUUUGCUCCUACAAUGCUGCAAUGACAUUAUAUAAACGUCAUUUUAAAAAUAAUUGUAUUGAGGUAUAAUUUACAUGCUAUAAAAUUCACCAUUUUAAGCAAUUUCCACUAUUCUUAGUAAGUCUUACAAAAUGUACCCAGUUGUACAAUCACCAUAACCCAGUAUUAGACAUUGCCAUUACCCUCUUAAGAGUACAUUCCCUGUUCCUACCCUCAGUCCCAGACAACCACUAAUCUCUUUUCUGUCUUAUCAGGUUUGCCUUUUUUGCCUGUUUCAUAUAAAUGGAAUUAUACAAUAUGCUGUAGUUAUGCAAUGUGCUGGACAUUCUUCUUAUGCUAAUCUUUAUGUGGAUCCAUGUCUUCAUUUCUCUGGGAUUGACACCUGGGAGUGAAGAAUUGUUGGGUUGUAUGGUAAAUUUAUGUUUGACUUUUUAAGAAACUCCCUGUAACAUUUUAUAUUCCCGGUAGUAAUGGUUGAGAGUUUCUGUUUCUCCACAUUCUCACCAAUAUUUGUUACUAUAUUUUUUUUAGUACAGCCAUUCUCCGAGGCAUAAAAUGGCAUCUUAUGCUACCUUUAUCUAAAAAGAAUUUUUAAAGAUAAUUAUUGUACUUUAAUUUGUAUUUCCCUAAUAACUAAUGUUGUUGA